GUGUCCCUGGCUCAAAAUGCCCUUGCCUGAACACUGAGGGCUUGGAGAGGCUGAGAGGAAGGAGAGGGGAGCUGGGAAAGACACGCCGGCAGGUGCUGACGACAGGACAAGUGUAUAGGUCAGAAAUAAGAAAGCUUAUUAGGGGAAGGUAGGGCAAGAGAUAGAAUAAAUAAAAACUAAGAAAAAAGAAACUGGCCAUUUUUUGGGAAAAGCUGGAGCCCACUUCUUUUUUUUAAGCCUGGUUCAAUUACCUCUGCACGGAUUCUCCUCUUCGUCUUCUUGUUCUUGCUCUCCUCUCUGACAGACAGCACCACCAUGGAAACUGGGAGCCCCAGAAAGAUUCAAUUCACCGUCCCCCUGCUGGACACCCACCUGGACCCAGAGGCAGCAGAACAAAUCAGAAGACGCAGACCCACGCCUGCAACUCUGGUGGCAUCCAGUGAUCAGUCCUCACCAGAAAUAGAUGAGGAUCGGCUUCCAAACCAGCUGUACAAGGCUGCUCUGUUGAAUUCUCCCCGACAACGAAGAAAAGGACAAAAGGGGACACCAACCAUGAAAGAGCUGCAGUUUCUUGUAGAACAUCACCUGUACAGGCAGCAGCAGGGAGCUGGAGACGAGUGCUCCUCAGAGAGCUGCUUGUCUGACCGGCCCAGUCCCGACUCUGUUCCCACUGGUGAGGAGCUCCCACAUGAUGACGAUGCCACUGCAGAGGCCUUUGAAAAGCUGCGCUGCCAAAUGGAAGAGUUCUCCAGGGAGAGCCUAUUAGAUGCUGGCGGUGAACUUGAGUGCCCCCUUUCCAAGGAGAAAAACGAUUGUGUGGCCUCUGUAGCAGAUCCCUCGUCCCAGAAAGAAAAUGCACUAACAGACACAAAGGCAGGAGCAUCCAGUGAAGAUCAGCCCUCAGGGAAGAAGACGAAGAAAGUCAGCCUCGAGACAAAGAAAUAAAGACGUCUGUGGAGCCAAAUGUUGUCCAGUCUGCUCAACACACUGACAAAAGAUUGUCCAUGCAGAUUGAGGAACAUCAGGGCAUCGCUAUACCUCUGCAGCCAGGCUUUAGUUACCACCUCAAGAAUAAGACAAAAUAUUUCUUUAUCUGUUUGUGAAAAUUAAACCACAUUUUUAAUAGUUUUUACUGUACUGCUCUGAAGCUUGCCAAUUGUGUGUCUAAUCUGAGAUUCAUGCAUCAGUGACAUUCAUAACUGUGCUUCAUACAUGAUAUUCCCUCGUCUUGAUCAAAACAAACAACCAAAAAUAGGACAAGACUUUCUUUUAGAGAUGUUUUAGUUUGUGUUAUGAGUUUCCUAUUUCACGUCGGAUCAAUAAAAUGGAUCAGCACAUCAUAAACAAAGGGAUCUAAUGAAGUUUAAAUUGUAAUUAGAAUAAUUAGGGCCUAAUUAUGUGAGCAGUGUGUUGAGCGAAAUUUAUGCGAUCACCUAAAACACAUGCAUCACCUAAAACACAUGAGCAAAUCAUAACUUGCUGAGCUAUGAUAACUGAUUAAUUAUUGAGUUCAAAAAGUGGCCCCCCCAAAAAGUAAAAUGACUUUUAAAAAUCAAUUUUUCCCCAUUUUUAUAGUUAUGCAAUCCUUUUAUUUAUUUUUUUAACCAAACAUGCACCUACAUAAAAAGUAUCAUCACAAAGCCAGUGUUUUUUUGUCCAACAUUGUUCUGAGCAUUUUUUACUCAUUACUGCAAUGAUUGUUUAGCAUGAUUAAUAAUGCUUCUGAAAGAAAAAUUUACUACUUAGUAGAACUGAUGAAAACAUUUUCUGUGACUGGUAUUAGCAUUCAACCGUGCUACUAAUUUUUUCCAGCAGCUACGCAAGUUUGAUUAGACUUUAUUUUUCCGACUUUAUUUUUCCAUAAUUAGCAUGUAGUUGCUUAAACGAGGAAAGAUAGCAUAUUUUAAGAUGAAAAACGUAAUUUCUAACAUUUCCCUAAAUAUUGCUACCACCUCACAGCAUAACAUACUAAAAAUGUUUACUUACAGUACUGUAUCAAAAUCCUGAUGAGGAUUUUUUUUGUCCUGAUGUCAACCAACUUAAGCAUAUAGACUGACAAUUACAGCCAGUUCAAUAGAUGUAAAUGUUUGUAAACUAACACACGACACUUAAUCAGUAACAAAUCACAGUUUUAACUGGACAGUCUGAAAAUGCUGCUCUAAUAUGUAAGUUCACAAAACACUUCACACAUUCAUAGCUUCAUUUCCUUCUGAAGAUGAAUCUGGAUCUGGUCAUACAGAAACAGUUUUUAAUGAACUUAAUGUUUACAUUUUUGCUCCCUGUUGAACUGCUGUUCAUUCCAUUUUGAUUUUUUAUUAAUUCAUCAUCUGUGGUUCCAGUAAUUUCUGUGCACAACAAAAACAGUGGUUGUCACCGCUUUGUUUUACUUGUCCUGCAAUUUAAUGUCAAAUGUUUAAGUUGCAGUGUGUGCAACAGUCCCCUUCACUGACAGCUGUGUGUCCUUAUUCAACAAAUCAAGAAUACCAGGCCUCCUGACACACACAGUGACCCACUGCAACCUCUUUCUCUCUGUACAACCAUCUUGGUAGAUUCUCAAGUAAAAACUAGAUUUGAACGACAAAAUAAAGUGCAUGAAUUAUGUUUUUCAAGUUGUAAUGAUUAAUGAAAAAUUGGCCAUGCAAAAGACAUUUAGUUGGUGUGGCAAUAAAUCAAGGAGAGGAGAUAACAAUGAGGAGAGUUUUGAUGAUUUUGUCCAAAAUCAAAAUGGAUACUUCUCUCAAAUGAUUUAUUUCAAAUUGAACACUUGAGUUUGUGCAUGUAUUUUUGUGUCUGUGGUGACUCUGUGAAGGCCUGGAAACUGGCUCAGAGUUUAUCUCAGUCCUGCCUAGUGACUGCUGUAAUAAGCUCUAGCACACUUUUUAACAGACAACAGUCAAGUGUGGAAAAUUAAUCCUUUGAGUUGGACCCAUGAGUAUUGUACUUUCUGAAAAGAGUGACUUUUUAAUGAGUAUUUUAUUUCACUGCAUAGACAGAGUUACAUGUUGCUCCUCCAUAUGGAAAGCAAUUUAACCACCAGAUUGUAAAUGUGUGGCUGACAAGUUCAUUACAUUGGGAUAAAUCUGAAGAUUAAUUUACAUAUUUUGGAUUAGCAAGGGGAAACUCAUCUCCACUAAGCAAACUGCACCAUCAUUCUGAACAUAUCAUUGCUUAUUGGGAAUCAGAGCAGGCCAUAAUAAACAUCUAAAUGCAUGGCACUGAAUGUAAAGUGAUGAUAUUUUUAGGUCUGAAUUUGAGGGAUUUACUAUACAUUGCUGUAUUUUAUACAACAAUCUAAAUAUUUAAAUAUGGGAACAAAUUGUAAUUGCUGCAUUCUCUGUAAAAUAUUCUUCUAGUUUUGUACGUGCUAAAGAAAUUAUGAAGCGAUCACCACUUUUUGAAUUGUUCUCAUCACGUUCUGAGGUCUUUGUUUCAUUGCAGUGGCAUUAUCAUGUAGAUUAUGUGACAAUCCCUCCAAAACCUUCCCAUCAUAUUUACCAUGUCUGAAAGUAACAGAACAUCUUUAGUUAACAGUUGCAGCACUGGCAAUUUUCUCAACAACAAACAAAGACUGUAAAACAUUCCUGUAAAAGCUUUCAUUUCCCCUCCCCUGUAUUUAUGAACCCUGUAAUGUUUGUGUUUUGGAUGGUAACUGUACUUUAAAUGAAUUAUAUUUGGAAGUUUUUGUUUCUGUUUUAAUUGAAUGGAUAGCUGAUUUGGGUGUGUAAUCUAGAUUUGUUUGAUACAAUAAAAUGUUUAAGUUGG